UUGAUUUCGUAUUUUGAUUGAUAUGACGAACGCGAUGAUCAAACGGGCGAUUUCAUCGAGGAUGCGGUAAGACGUGGGCCGCAAAGGGACGAGGGAGAGACAAAGAUCCGGAAGGAUGCACGUAUAUCACGCCCCGCCGGUGCUUUUCAAUUACGCGAAUCUAGAUCGCGAGGCUGUUAGCAAAUUAAGCGGGCUUGAGAGAGGACUAUGCGGGUUGAACGCGAUAUAGAAAGAGGAGAACAACGACCGGCACGGCCGUCGCGAUGAGCAAUCGUCUUGCUAUAAAUUCGCAUUUACAAAGUAGAGACGUAACGGUGCCAUGGAGCGUAGAGGCAAGAAAGACCGGAAACCGUCGAUUUAUUCGAUAAACUUGUCUUGAUUUCGUUUUCCGGCAAUUUCGUUGUGCAAAAGUACGCGGAAUUCGCGCGCGGGCAGUUUUUUCUACGGCCUGCAAAAGUAUUCAUCCUUCGCUCGAGGAUCACUCGAGAUCGAGUAUAACAGCACACGAGGAAGAAAUCGAUCAGCACUCCGAAAUGACUAUGAGAGAUAAAAAAUGAGGUGCCUAAUCUUAACCCUCGGUCUGCUGGUUUCGGUGCAAGGACCUACCCGUUGCACGGCCGAUCGUAGGAUACACGAGGAUCGCGCAUCGGAGCCGCUCGAUCGAGGGCCAUAUUUUGAUGUCUCUGUCUCUCGCAACGUGACAGCCCUCGUCGGCCAAACGGCAACGCUGAAGUGUCGAGUGCGAAAUUUAGGUGACCGAACGGUGUCAUGGGUGAGACACAGGGAUAUCCAUCUUCUCACCGUGGGCGUCGAGACAUAUACAUCGGACCAGAGAUUCGUCGCGUUACAUUUUCCGCACACGGAGGACUGGACGCUACAAGUAAAAUACCCUCAACGACGAGAUUCUGGCACAUACGAGUGUCAAGUAUCCACGACGCCGCCCAUAGGUCAUUCCAUGCUCCUUUCUGUCGUCGAGCCUGUGACGAUGAUUAUUGGAGAACCAGAAAUGUAUAUAAACAAGGAUAGCACUAUGAAUUUGACCUGCGUUGUACGACAUAGUCCUGAACCACCAUUUACCAUUAAAUGGACUCACAAUAAUGAGGCGAUCAAUUAUGACAGUCCGAGAGGAGGGGUAUCGGUUAUCACGGAGAAGGGCGAAGUAACGACGUCGUACCUUUUAAUUCAACGUGCUCAACCAGCGGAUAGCGGACAAUACACCUGCCAUCCCAGUAACGCAAACACAAAGACAGUCUUAGUUCAUGUACUUAAUGGGGAACAUCCGGCUGCGAUGCAACACGGCGGGCAGCUAAGAUUAGCCAAUUUACCUUUUGUAAUGAUCUCGACCACGCUUCUGACCUUUUUGAAUCAUCCUUAUUAGAUGUAGAAAUGGACCAUUAUAAAUGUUAGUUUGAGAUAUUCCUUUCAAAUUUAUUUUUUUCGCUUUUUUGUCACUUGAUUCUCGAGAAAAGAUAGCGCAUGAAUAUCUAUUGAACACUCUAUAGAAAAAAAACUCGUAUGAAUAAAUGAUCGAUAAAAUAAACUGCAAGUUGAAAAGCCUUUUUACGAUAAAACGCGUGACUUAUUACUUUUUUAUAUUUGUUUUAAUAUAUUGUAUGUUUGAAUAUAAAUAUUUAAAAUGUUGCUAUAUCAUUCUUUAUCAUUUUUUGUUAUUAAAUAUUUUUAAAUUGAAUUGUUUUUUCAUAACUAAUAUAUUUUUCAAUAAAAUUUUUCCUGUUUUUUUUUUAUAUUAUAUAUAUUCUUUAUAGACUUAUAAACAUCACUUGUACUAUCUACGUCAAUAAGAGCGUACCUCGCAAAAGUUUAUAGAUGAAUAUAAUAGACGAAAAAAAAGUUUUAUCUUGAAACGGAAGACAUCCAUUAAAAGAGAUAUAAGGACGAAACGGGGAUAACAAUAAAUCAAAAAAAGUGACAGAAUCAUCUUGCAACAAUAAAAGAUGUAAAAAUUAAAAACGAGGAAACAGAUUUUCGUUGUUACUAAAACACCGUUAAAAUGUGAUCUGGGUGUGAUUGGGUGAAGACAGGGUAACGAAAAUCGGGUAUAUUUGUGAAAAUAAUUGUCGAUUAUUUAAUUCGGAAAGCUCAUAUCCGAGCAGCAAGUAAUGUUAAAUUUACUUUAUCACAGUUUACAAGACAAUACGUUGUGCUUGCCAAAAAAAAUGUAUACAUGUUACUGUUAAUAAACAUAUAUUAGACAUUUUAACAUAAAGAUAUGUUAAAAUUUAUCAUUAUGUUGCGAGGACAUGUACGAGAAUAUAUAUAUAUAUAUAUAUAUAUAUAUAUAAUACGAUGUAAAGCUGCGCUAAAAUAAGAACACACUAAAUAAUGCAUGACUGAGCAUGUCAUGUUGAAAUAAUGGGGUCAUUCACUUGAACGAUACAAGUUUUUAAGACACAAUUAUUUCUUAACGAUUAUCUCCAAUACAAAAAAAAAGAUUUUGAUGAAUUUCUGUUGUGUUUCGUAACAAAAUUAUAAAAAAUGCAUUUUUAUGACCAUCAAAUAUGAAUAUCGUUCUACGAUCAUGUCAGAAUUCUAUUGAUCGGACGACAUAUAUAUAUUUAUUCAUUCUAAUAACACCUUAUUUUAUAUUAAACAUUUAUUUGUCAGCAAGAAUUUGCAUUGUUUCGAAUGACUGUUGUAGCUCUAAUGCAAAAGCGAUAAGUAACAGAAAAGACCAUAAUAUAUUAUAUAAUUUUUUUAAUCUGUCGUGAUUAUGUAUAAUUACAUAUAACGUUUGAGAUUAUCGAAGAAAGUUUGGCCCUGUUUGCUGUACGAUAUCGUAUAUUGUACGGGUAUCGACAUGUAAUAUAUCUUCACAUAUUUUAUGUAAUAAGUUAUGUAUGAAUAUAUAAUAUGUCGUGUGUGCAAAAACAACAAACCAUAAAAUCUGGAUAAUCAUGUAAAAAGAAACACAAAUCCGCUUGGUUCUUAUAUAAUGUUAGAUUAUAUAUCUUAAAAACUUUGUUUGUAUAACGAGAGAGGAGAGACAGAGUUAAAUAAACGGUUUGAGAUUUACAGCAUCUUGUCCUCAGGAUAUGCCUGUAUAUCGUUGCCGCCGUGCAAAUUAAAAUUAGAACGUCAGUAUAUGUGUGUAUCGUGCGUUUCGCUGCGUAACUAUUUGAAUUUAUAUGAACAAUUUGGGACAGUCAUGUCUACUUCUUAAUUUGACCGAAUCUAGAUAAUAGCUAAUUGUUAUUUCGUGCAAAUAAAUCUAUUAUAA